CACAGAAGAAAGAUUUUAAAGAUCACCGGACAUUUGAAAACGUCAUUGUUAAUGCAGGAAAAUUCGAUUAAUUCAACGAAUUCAAGACAUAUUAAAUCCUAUUGUAAAAAAUGGGGGCUACCUUGAAAACUUCUAUAUUAACUUUAGGAAUAUUUGUUUUAUUAGCUACUUUGGGACAAUCGGAACCUAUGGAAGAUGAAGUGCCCAUGACAAAAUUAACACAAAAUAUGGGAGCUCCUACGUUGAAAUUCUUUUAUUGUUACCAAUGUGGAUACAGAAAGAUGUAUGAACAGUAUGCUGAAAUAAUUCAGCAAAAAUAUCCAUUUAUAUCAAUGGAAGGAUCCAAUUAUGAACCUCCCGGUAUGAGUAUGUUCUUAUCAAGAUUGAUCGGAUUUGUCAAAAUGUUCCUUAUUUUGUGUAUACUUGCUGGAGUUAACAUAUUUGAGUACAUUAAUCAACCUAGACCUUCUUGGUGGACAUGGUGCACUGAUAAUAAAAUUUAUGCCUGUAUGAUGUUGUUCUUCCUCUCGAACAUCAUAGAAGUACAAUUGGUGCAAUCUGGUGCAUUUGAAAUAUUACUCAAUGAUGUACCGGUAUGGUCGAAAUUAGAAACAGGUAGAAUACCACAACCUGCAGAACUUUUCCAAAUCAUUGAUAAUCAUAUGAGGUUUGAUAGUAAACUCGAAUAUAAUAAUGGCUUUGCCAAAUGAAAACUGAUGCGACUGAAGAAUGGGAUUUGUUGAAUAAAUGUUAAUAUUUGUACCAUAAUGAAAAGACUUAUUUGUAUUGUAAUCUUGUGAGCCUUACCUCUCCUUGCAAUGAGAAUCAAGAUCAAAGUGAAUUGUUCCUAGAUUUAAUUAUUUAUUCAAUUUAGAAAUAAACACUAGUGCAGGAAAAUGGAGUUUAUCAAACAAAUCUUAAUUAUAGUAAUUCUAGAAGUUUAUUCAAGGUUAUGGAAGGCCAGGCUCAUGUUUUGUAGAACAAUAAAGUUUAUACACAGAUGGUGACAAAAUUUUGGAUACAUUUCUAAAAACAAUAAAUUAUUAACACAGGCGUCACUGCUUUUAGUUUAAGUCGAAGGAUUUGUGUUAAUCCUGUGAUCUCUUAAUAAUAAAUGAGACUUGAAUUUUUCUG